CACCGCCGGGCGAGCGCCUGAGGGCCGCAGGCUCCAGCCGUUGCCGUGGCAACAGGCCCCGCCCCCCCGGGCCUCGCGCUCCCCGCUGCCGGAGGCGAGGGGGGCCGGCUCACAUCCUGGCGCGGCGGCGGAAGAGACGGCGCGCCCGGCGGGCGGCGCCCCGGAAGCGCCUCGCGGGGACUCCCGGGAGUUGUAGUCCUGGCGCGGCGGCGGACCGGCGCCAGAGAGUUGGCGGCGAGGAGGAGGAGGAGGAGGAAUCAUCGCUUUCUGCCGUGAUGGAGAUGUUCUCAUUGAAUUCCCUUAAAGAUUCCAGAGACUUGUUGAAGGAAUUUCCACAGCCUAAAAACUUGCUCAACAGCGUGAUUGGACGAGCCCUGGGCAUUUCUCAUGCAAGGGACAAACUGGUAUACAUCCACACUAAUGGGCCAAGAAAAAAGAAAGUCACUCUGCAUAUAAAGUGGCCUAAGAACGUGGAAGUGGAAGGCUAUGGGACCAAGAAGAUUGAUGCUGAGAGGCAGGCAGCAGCAGCUGCAUGCCAGCUCUUCAAGGGCUGGGGUUUGCUGGGGCCCAGAAAUGAGCUGUUUGAUGCUGCGAAGUACCGGCUCCUCGCAGACCAGCUUGGCUGCCCCGAUGAGAGGUGGUGUUCGGAGGGCAAGUGGCGCUCCAAGUCCGGACCUUCUCUCGCCGACUUGUCGACCUGCUGGCGACGGAUGGAGCCGGACGAUUCCAUCCAGCCCAUGGAGCAGGGCCGCAUGCCUAAAGCAAUGCGGAGAGAAGAGCUGGAGGAAGGGGAGCUAGAGGAGGGGGAACUGGAGGAAGGAGAGCUGGAAGAAGAAGCGAUCGAUGUUUCCGAUUAUUUACCUAUGGCACAUCAGGAUGCUCGAACCUCAGGCAGAGAUGCAAGCCGAGGAGGGAGUUCCAUCGAAAUGACAGACGACAACACUGCCAUCCGUGCUCUGACGCAGUUCCCGCUUCCCAAAAAUCUCCUGGCCCAAGUGAUUCAGAUCGCCACCUCUUCCUCCACGGUCAAGGAAUACAUGCAGUUCCGUACAGUAGGUACCAAGACCAAGAUCUGCAAGCUCACGCUCCGCUGGCCCUGUCCGAUGACUUUUGCUGCCAAGGGCCGUCGCAAGGUGGAGGCAGAAAACAAAGCAGCGGCGUUGGCCUGUCAGAAGCUUAAGAGCCUGGGCUUAGUGGACAAGAACAACAACCCUCUCAGCCACGCCAUGUACAACAUGACCUCGCUCCGGGAACUUGGUGAGAACCAGAGGAAACCCUGCCACAUCAAAGUUCCUGAAGCCACCCUGCGCAAGAUUGAGAACUACCUGAAUCAUUACCCAGUGGACAUCAGGGAAUCCAGGCCCCGGAUUGCUGAUGACAUGAUGAACCUGAGCAAGGAAUCCGGCGCGAUAAGCGACGCGAUCACGGGGAAGACGUACAUCCCUAUGCUGGAAGCAGAGGAAGUGCGCCUUAGCCAGAACCUCCUGGCCCUCUGGAAAAGGAGAGGAUCCUCGUGGCAGGAGAGCCACCCGCUGCCGGUGGAUCCUCACAAGGACACCAUCCUCUCGGCCAUCGAGCAGAACCCCGUGGUCGUAAUAGCAGGAGACACGGGCUGCGGGAAGACCACGCGGAUCCCUCAGCUCCUGCUGGAACACUACAUCCUGGAGGGACGCGGCGCCCGCUGCAACGUCGUCAUCACCCAGCCCAGGAGGAUCAGCGCCAUCUCGGUCGCCCAGCGCGUGGCGCAGGAGCUGGGGCCCAACAUGAGGAAGAACGUGGGCUACCAGGUGCGACUGGAGAGCAAGCCCCCCGCCCGGGGAGGAGCCCUGCUCUUCUGCACCGUGGGCAUCCUGCUGCGCAAGCUGCAGGGCAACCCCAGCCUGGAGGGCGUCAGCCACGUCGUGGUCGAUGAGGUCCACGAGCGAGACGUCAACACGGAUUUCCUGCUCAUCCUGCUCAAGGGCAUCCAGAAGCUCAACCCCGACCUGCGCCUGGUCUUGAUGAGCGCCACGGGAGACAAUCAGCGUUUCUCGCAUUACUUUGGGGACUGCCCCGUGGUCAAGGUGCCGGGCUUCAUGUACCCGGUGAAGGAGUACUAUCUCGAAGAGAUCCUGGCCAAGCUCGGUAGGCACCGGCACCGGCACUAUGAGAUAAAGCAAUCAGAUGAUGAAUGCGUCCUCGACCUCGAUCUGAUCACCGACCUCGUACUCCAGAUUGACGCCCACGGAGAACCAGGCGGGAUCCUCUGCUUCCUCCCUGGCUGGCAGGAAAUCAAAGGAGUGCAGCAGCGCCUGCUGGAGAUGCUCGGGUCUCAGAACAGCCGGUACCUCGUCUUACCAGUGCACUCUAACAUCCCCAUGAUGGACCAGCAAAACAUCUUCCAGCGGCCUCCGCCCGGCGUCAGGAAGAUCGUCCUGGCCACCAACAUCGCUGAGACCUCCAUCACCAUCAACGACAUUGUCCACGUGGUGGACAGCGGCACGCACAAGGAGGAGCGCUACGACCUAAAGACCAAGGUGUCUUGCCUGGAGACGGUGUGGGUGUCCAAGUCGAACGUCGUGCAGAGGCGAGGGCGUGCUGGCCGCUGCCAGUCAGGAUUUGCCUAUCACCUCUUCCCUCGCAGCCGCCUGGACAAGAUGCCGACUUACCAGGUUCCAGAGAUCCUACGCACCCCACUGGAGAACCUGGUGGUUCAGGCCAAGAUCCACAUGCCAGAAAAAACAGCGGUUGAAUUUCUGUCCAAGGCUCUGGACAGCCCUGACAUCAAAGCUGUGGAUGAAGCAGUGAUCUUGCUGCAGGAGAUCGGAGUGCUGGACCAGCGAGAAGCCCUCACCACGCUGGGCAAACGCCUCGCCCAGAUCUCCACGGAUCCCCGGCUGGCAAAGGCUAUCGUCCUGGCCUCCAUCUACCGCUGCCUCCACCCCCUGCUCGUCAUCGUUUCCUGCCUCACCCGGGACCCCUUCAGCAGCAGCCUGCAGAACCGUGCGGAGGUGGACAAGGCCAAGGCUGUUCUGAGCCGGGAGAGCGGGAGCGAUCACCUCGCCUUUGUCAGAGCUGUGGCGGGCUGGGAGGAGGUGCUGAGGCGUAGAGACAGCCGUGCCAGGGAUAACUACCUGCAGGACUACUACCUGUAUGGCCCCAGCCUUCGCUUCAUCAACGGCCUUGUCAAGCAGUUCUCUGAGAACCUCUACGAAGCCUUCCUGGUGUCGUCCCCGUCUGACUGCACCAUGCCCUCGUCCGUAUGUAACCAGUACAGUGAAGAGGAGGAACUGGUCAAGGGAGUGCUCAUGGCUGGGCUCUACCCCAACCUCAUCCAGGUGAGACAAGGCAAAGUGACCCGCCAAGGGAAGUUCAAACCCAACAGCUACGCCUACCGGACAAAGGCUGGCACCGUUCUGCUCCACAAGUCAACGAUCAACAGGGAGGCAUCCAAGCUGUACAGCCGCUGGCUAACGUACUUCAUGGCGGUGAAGUCCAACGGCGGCGUGUUUGUGCGGGACUCCUCGCAGGUCCACCCGCUGGCUGUGCUGCUCAUGACUGACACAGACAUCCACGUCCGAGAUGAUGGCUGGCGAGCAACAGUCUCCCUGACAGACAGCGACCUCCUGGUGCUGGAGGGAGACUCCUACACCAUCCGCCUGCUGCGUGAUUUCCGCGUAUCGCUCUCCAAGAUGGUGGAGACGUGCCUGUGCUAUGAGAUGGCAGCCAUCCCCGGGGACCUGCACCACCAGCACAGCCAGCUGCUCGACAUCCUGGUGGAUCUGCUCAAAGGCCCUCCUGGCAGCUUUGGCGCUUAGGCAGAGCUGGAGGAUUGUGUGGGGACUUGUAAUUUGUAUAAAGAUGUUCACAAAUGUUUAUUUAAAUAAAGUUCUAUUUAUCCCUUGUGAAGUCAUCUCUCUCCAUCCUAGAAGAUUAAUGUUGUCUGAAUCUCCUGCUGUCGGCUCCGUGCAUGGUCACCGUGUAGGAAGAACCAGCGCCGUACCGCCUGGGACGGACUGCGAGUGCCGAUGGACCCUGACGGGAGCUUCGUGGACCCCCCCCACCUCCUCCGCUCCAACAGCGUCAGUCCCUGAACUGGAAAGCAAGGACACGGCUGCUGCGUGCCGUCCUCCGCCCCAUCCCCACAGGGCCGGGCAGGAGCAGCUCUGGUUCGAGAGCUACUCCGGGCUCAAGAGGAGGACGGAUGUCUCGGCUCGCCUGUGCCUGCUCCGGGGGCCGGGGCCGGGCACAGCGUGGAUCCAGCAGCUCUGGCGCAGGGUGGUGAUUUCUGUCGUCGUACCUCUCCCCGCACCGCGCGCCCCAAGGACGUCGGAGGGGAGGAAGCCCCAAAGGUGCCGGAGGCGACGCUCCACGCGGGACCCGAGCCUCACAGCGGGGCCCUGCCGCCCCACAGCGCGAGCGCAGUCGUGGCGUUAUGAGUGUGAGAUGUGACUCGUUGUUCCUAAUCUGCCUGUACUUUUUGUCUUCUUGCGUUGUUAUUAUUUUCUUUUUUUUAUUAUUAUUUCUUGUUCUCCCUACGUCAAGGAGGCCGGAUCCCUGUAACUUGUGCAACACAGGACGUGAUUGUAGAUGCCAGUCUGCCUGUGAGCGCUUUCUCCUGCAGGAGGCCAGGAGCAUAGGCACAAAAUUCUUUGUUUUCUAUGAACAGGGACCAUAUUUCUGUGGAAGGAGGAUUGCGACAGGCGCAGCAUUAAAUGAGAGGUCUGGAGUUUAAUCCCAGCUUUGCCUUGGAUCCCCUGUCAAAUGAAGACAGUGACCUACCUCACAGGGCUGUUGUGAGGCUUCGUUAAUGUUCGUAACGCAUGUGAGACCUCAGGCGGGACAGUGCCACGGAGGAACGAGUAACGCACACGCUGUGCGGGCGCUGGGGGAGCCGAGGGGUUGCGCCCACGGGGGCGGGCGCCCGGCGUGGUGCUGGAGGGAGGUGCUGCUACUGCUGUGCCCAGCAGCUGAGCAAAAGGCAGUCACAGGGCCUGGGAUUAUUUGUUUUUAUUCACCAUUUCUUAUGCUCUUUGUAUCUGGAAAUCAAGGCGAGGUGGGCGCCCCAGCUGGGCACGCUGCUGUGCUCUGCUGGGGGAGGAAGGGGCUGAGCUCCUGCAGGUGUGGACGAUGGCGAAGGGGGUCCCUGCCCCGCAGCGUCCCGACCGCACUGGGGCCGGGGGCUGCCUGCUGCUGGGGCCACCUUUUGGUUCUGCCACUUGUUCUCUACUAAGAUUUAAUUUACUCGUCAUGGGCUUUAAUUAACGGAGCUGUGGCCCCUGCCAUCUGAACUGAGGGAGUGGAGCGGAGGGGUGCGGGAGCCCCGCGGCUCCAGUGGCCGUGGGCGAAAAGCACAAGGGCAGGGGGUGGCGGGGGCUUGGGGCCGCCUCUGCCCUCCUGGAGCCACUGGGCUCCCGCGGGCGGUCGGAGUCCUGCAGCCUGUGUUCACUCGAAACUUUUCAUCUUCAUUUCACUUGCUUGAGGUUGUCACUAUUAUUUGACCAGUGUUUGUUUCUUUUGGCCUGUAUAAUGGGCAGUAUGGUUUUUUCCCUUCCAGCAGGUUUAAAAAAAAAAAGAAAAAAAAAAAGAAAAAAAAGACUAAGCUAUUGUCUAAAUGGUUCAGAACUAGUGUGAUAUUGGGAUACUUCAGUGGCUGUUAUGUGAUACUGGAUCUUUUUACAACAUAGAUUAAAGACAAUAAAAAGGGAUAGAGUAGUAA